GCCACAGUUCACUCUGCCUUCACAACAAGCUCCAGUCUCACCUCCACACCAAAGACAAAUGCAUCAGAGAAAUCCACCGUUCCAUUGCUAAGCAGUUCCACCACACACCCCUCAACAACAGGGACUACCCCAGGUCCUGACCCAUCAUCCUCUGCAGGUAAAAGCGCUGUUCAGAUCACAUCUGAGGAGACCACCACUGCUAUUUCAGAAGGGACUGUCAGCCCUGCAGAAGAAACCACCCAUUCCCAAGCAAAAAUGUCCACAGAAGAAUUACCAGUCCCCUCAUCAGCUGUACCCACACCUGGAAGCUAUUCUACCAAUACUAGGCCAUCCAGGUUCACCCUGGUAACUUCUCAUUCCACCUUCGCAGGUGAAGGCUCUCCUACCAUCAGCACUACGGCCAAAGUCACUUCCAAUUCUGUUGCUCCCACCAUUUCACAAACCACAACCAGGCCCAGUCUCACUAGUACAGAACCAAAGGCAAGCUCAGCAACUCAAUCCACCACUGUCCCAUGGCUAAGCACAUUGCCAACCAUGGAUGUCACCGCAGUAGCUGACUCCUCCACCUCCAUCAGCACUGCAGUAGAAGACAGUAGCUCAACGCUGGCGGUAUCCUACAGCACAGAAGAAGCCACAUCUGCAGAAGAAACCACCACCCCAACAACAGUUCAUCCUUCAUCCUCUCCUGGUGGAACGAGUGUUGAGCCUACACCUUUUAUCCAAAGAAGUGCAGUCACUCCAACAGAAUCACUAGCUAAGACCACGGAUGAAAGUACCACCACUACUGGCACAACGCCAGAAAAGACCACGUCAACAGGCCUCUCUUCCACCACCCCAUCAACUGAAAUCACAGGUCAAACAGCGAGGCCCAGGAGCACUGAGCCAACACUCAGCCAACAGCCAACAAUGUUCCUCUUCUCUUCACUGCAUGAUUCAACAGCUAUCACUGGCACUUCAGAACCUGGAACCACGGAUUCUACUACUUUGGAAGAAGAAACAAGCCCUACAGUCCUAUCUUCAGCCUCUCAAGACAAAGCCACGCCCAUCACAGAAUCUGUUGCUACUUUGCAUACCAUGACCACAGCCAAAAGCUUUGCCACCCCCAACACUGGAGCAGGAAGAUCCAUGCAUGCGUCUGGCUCUUCCACAGAACAUCCACCAAUCUUCAGCACCAGUGUAGAAGUCACCUCCACAGCCCUUUCACCCACACUCUCAACUGUUUCCCCUCCAUCCACAUUCUCUUCUGCAGCCCUGCAGCCCCACACCAACUCACCUCGGACAGUUGCCGCUGGCAGUUCAACAUCUGGAAUGACCACCAGCCCUGGUGCUUUAGGUGAUGUGGCUAGCAGCUCUGCACCUGAAAUCCCAGAAGCCACCAGCACUAUGAUAGUAGAAACUAGCUCAAGAUCCCAAUCGCUAGCUCCUCAAGACAUAACCACAUUCAAAACCACAAAGCGUAGAGAACUGACUUCAGCGGAGGAGACCACCACUGCUUUUUCAGACGUGACCAUCAGCCCUGCAGAAGAAACCACCACCCCAACAACAGUUCAUCCUUCAUCCUAUCCUGGUGAAACGAGCGUUGAUCCUACAUCUUUUAUCCAAAGAAGUGCAGUCACUCCUACAGAAUCACUAGCUAAGACCACAGAUGAAAGUACCACCACUACUGGCACACUGCCAGAAGAGACCAUGUCAACAAGCCUCUCUUCCACCACCCCAUCAACUGAAAUCACAGGUCAAACAGUGAGGUCCAGGAGCACUGUUCCAGACGUAACACUCAGCCAAAAACCAGCCAAAAACCAACCAAUGUUCAUCAGCAUUGCAGUAGAAGACAAUAGGCCAACACUGCUGGCAUCCCACAGUCCAGAAAAAGCCACAUUUGCAGAAGGAACCUCCACCCCAACAACAGCUCCUUCUUCCCAUCCUGGUGAAAUGACCUCUGAGCUCACAACUUUUAUCCAAAGUUAUCAAGCCACUUCGACAGCACUCCUCUCCCCAUCGCUAGCUGCAACCAAGGGUGAAGGUAGUAUCCCUGUUGUCACAUCGCCAAAACAGACCACAUCAACCACAACUGAGCUCACAACCACAGCUGGAAGCUCCCCUGCCCUCACCUCAGGACCACAGAUGACCUUCACAACCACCUCCAGAGGUGAAGCUUUAUCUACCACCAGUAAAACUGCCAGGGUCACUUCAACAGUUGCUUCUUCCACCAUUUCACUGCUCCAAACCACAACAAGCAGCCCCAGUCUCACUCCUACAGCACCGAAGGCAAGCUCAGCAGCCCAACCCACCACCUCAUUGCUAAGCACAUUGCCAGCCACGGCAGCUGAGCCCUCCACAUCCGAAACUGCUGUGACUGCCACAAGGCUCAACACUUUGUCAGUCUCCAGUCCGUCUUCCUCUCCAGGUAAAUCCACAGCUCAUCUCACAACUGUUGCAGCGCACAGUUCUCUCUCACCAACUGAAACGACAUCUGAAACCGGCACUCCAGCAGUUGUGACUUUCAGCACAACAGAAGAGAUCAGCACCUCCAUUAGCAGUGCAGUAGAAGACUCAACGCUGCCAGUAUCCUACGGCACAGAAGAAGCCACAUUUGCAGAAGGAACCACCAUCCUAAAAACAGUUCAUCCUUCUUCUUAUCCUGGUGAAACGAGCGUUGAUCCUACAUCUUUUAUCCAAAGAAGUGCAGUCACUCCAACAGAAUCACUAGCUAAGAUCACAGAUGAAAGUACCACCACUGCUGGCACACCGCCAGAAGAGACCACGUCAACAGGCCUCUCUUCCACCACCCCAUCAACUGAAAUCACAGGUCAAACAGCGAGGUCCAGGAGCACUGUUCCAGACGUAACACUCAGCCAACAACCAACUAUGUUCAUCAGCACUGCAGUAGAAGACAAUAGGUCAACACUGCUGGCAUCCCACAAUCCAGAAAAAGCCACAUCUGCAGAAGGAACCUCCACCCCAACAACAGCUCCUUCUUUCCAUCCUGGUGAAACCACCUCUGAGCUCACAACUUUUAUCCAAAGUUAUCAAGCCACUUCGACAGCACUCCUCUCCCCAUCGCUAGCUGCAACCAAGGGUGAAGGUGGCAUCCGUGUUGUCACAUCGCCAAAACAGACCACAUCAACCACAACUGAGCUCACAACCACAUCUGGAAGCUCCCCUGCCCUCACCUCAGGACCACAGAUGACCUUCACAACCACCUCCAGAGGUGAAGCUUUAUCUACCACCAGUAAAACUGCCAGGGUCACUUCAACAGUUGCUUCUUCCACCAUUUCACUGCUCAAAACCACUACAGCACCAAAGACAAUAGGGAAACCCACCGCCUCACGGCAAGCUACCACACUAACUACAAAUGUCACAAGGGCAACUGGUACCACCACAUCGUCAACAAAGGUGACCAAAAUUAUUAAGGUUCCAAUUUCAGCGCCAGGGGCUGGAUCUUUUGCAAGCAAAGAGCUGACUUGUGUUCUUGUGGCUCCUCCAGCUCCUUCCGCAGCUCCAGUUGGAACCAAGAGGCCCCCGCCAAGGCCUUCCUGCCCUUCUCUACCUCCAAAUACAGGUGGGACCCAGGUCAUCUUGUCAAUGGGCUUGACCACUUCCCUGAAUAUCUCAGACCCCACAACCCAAGAGAUGGUUUUGAACAAGCUGAGUCACGACUUGAGAGCCAACUUCCCCUGCGCUGCCUUCAGUGUGAAAUGGAUAGAGCAGAUGAAGUAAAGCUCUAAAAGUCUCACAGCAGCCUCUGGCUGAUCAGAAAUGAAGGCAGAAUGAGCCCCACAAAAGGAGAAGGAGAGAUUCUGUAGCAGCUGAGCUCCAGUUCUGACACAAGAGUGUGAACUGAUUCUGUAUUUCCAUCACAUGCAAAUGGAUAUCUCUAAGUGCAUACUCCUUGCUUGCAAAGUUUGCUCCUUAUGGUUAUCUGCAGAUGGACCAGAGGGUUGGCAUAGCACUGCAGUGAAGAGACUGAGCUACGUACCCAGAAGGUCAUUGGCUCAAAUUUCACUCCUGCCAUAAAUUCACCAGGGGUCCUGAGGCAAGCCCCUUAUCUUUAAUGAACUGGUUGUUUUGGGUGCUAUGUUGUGCCGGUCCUUCAGAAACAACCACACCCUUGCCUCAAAUUGGCUAGAUCCUUUUUCCUAAAUGGCAAGAUCUCGAAUUGACUAGAUCCCUUCUCUUAAAUGUCAGUCACUGCUGUGACUCUUUCCAUUGGCCAAAAUGCUGAAAUGUGAGGGAAAGCUACCAUAUUUUCCGCUCUAUAAGAUGCACCAGACCACAAGACGCACCUAAUUUUUGGAGGAGGAAAACAAGAAAAAAAAUAUUCUGAAUCUCAGAAGCCAGAACAGCAAGAGGGAUCGCUGCGCAGUGAAAGCAGCAA